CAUACAUACAUGCAUACAUGUUGAAGCACUGUCUGUCUGUCUGACGUACAGAGGUAGUACUAGUAUCGAUCGAAGUCCCCCCGCCAUGCCCCUUCCCGAGGGUGUCUACUGUCCGUCCUUCCGUCCGUCAGCCAGCCAGCCAGCCAGCCAGCCAAAAACACGAGUCAGCCGAUCUACACAUACAUACACACGGCAAGUGUGACUCAGAGACACAAUUAAUUAAACAUGUAUGUAUACCGGAGUAGCCACAUCCAUCUGCACACGUGGGGGACGUACGUUCAUGUGACUACCGAUCAGCGGCUACGAUACAGACACACCGAGGAGGGGCACCUCGCACUUGGUGCGGGACCAGCCACGUUGCAUGUCCGCCCACUCCGCCCCGCAGUAAUCCCCCCACACCUUGCCCUUCUGCAUAGUGCCGGGGAAGUACUCGUAUCCGGCCUACACGCACACACGAGUCACACACGCGCACACACCCCAGGCGAUGCAGCGUGCCGUGUGCAGUGGCUCACCGCAUAGGAGCCGGUGCUGGUGGACAUGGCGGGAAACAGACAACAGCAGUUGUCAAGGGGGCAGUUGCAGGUUGCUUUAAUGGGGCCGCUGUCGAUUGACGAGGCCAUUGUGUGCUGGCCAAUCUCGGGAUACUCGCUGGGCGAGUAGGGCUGGGGGAAAACCUCAUCCCCCGCCUUCAAAUAACACACUGCAACGCAUACACACACACACAUUCUCCCAUACUGCGCUCUCUCUGUCUGUGCCUUGCUCACGAUAUCCCCCCAUGAAGGGACCUGCCAUGCGCACGCGCACACACACACACACACACACACACAUGCACACAGCUCAGAAUGCACCUAGCUCCGCUUCCCUCUGCACUGUCCACUGUCUCAGUUUGGUUACCUUCCAGGUUUGUGUUGUGAGCUUUGGUGGCCUUGUCCUCCACAAAGGAGGUGCUGCAAGCCCCUGCAGCACAGCAAAGGCGGGAGGAGAGCGGAGAUCUGCCUUCUUGUUUGUGUCGGACCUACCAUUGCUGUCUAUCUCGGACGGCGUGUUACAGCAUGCCCCCAUGCCCGCAUCGCGGAUGCAUUCACCUGCGGCCCCGCUCAAAGCAGCGGAGAGGACGAGCGCAGCCGCAAAUGCCAACAUGAUGACGAUUCCCCCCUCGUAUAUCCUGGCCACAUGCAAACUGGGGGCUGUGGGCCUGCCCGACUUGGGUCUUUUCUUCAGAGUCGUAGCCAUGUUUGGCGGUGGCCUGUUGUGCCGUCCACCUCCACUGCAGCACGGCCCUUUAUUGCCCGCCCCGCCUCCCCCCAGGCGGACAACCCUCUUCACACCCAGGCGAACUCCCACAAGUGCCACGCCUCAC